AUGUCAGGGAGAAGAGAAGAUCGAGCACGUCCUUUAGAAGAGACUUUUGAGGGGGGAUCAGCUGCUGGGGAGUCAGGUUCGCAGCAGUCCUGGGAUACUCAAACCUUUCAAGCCCCUGAUCUACCAAACCGGGGGAGUUCAUAUCAGAAUCGAGCACCUGAGUCUGUCUCUGCGUCUUCUAGAUCAGAUCAAUCGCCUUUUACCCCUGCUUCAUUUGUCACCAACUCUCAGGACACGCGGGGUUUGUCACUAGGUGCUGCGUUGAACCCAGAUCGAUCAGUUGAAGGAGAGCCCAGGGGUCCUCCAGACUUGCUGCAGCAAAGCUUGCCAGACGCAGUGUACUUACCGAGAAAGCAUGAUCCUGUUGAUAUGGGACUCAUCAGUCGACCAUCUGCACAGAAUCUGUAUGAAGGGUUCUUUAAGCACUUCAACUGCCUCGUUGGACUCCUCGACCCAAAUCUCUACACGUUCUCAUACACAAGAUCCAGAUCAAGUCUCCUAGUCACAAUGAUUCUCACAAUAUCAUCACGCAUCUUUCAGCCAGAGUCUCACAGACCCAUACGAGACCACGCUGAAUUUCUCCUCGGCCAAGCUUUACUCGCCUGUGACUCAGCAAUUGAGAACAUCUGGGCCAUAAUAUGUAUGUAUCACUGGAAAGAUGCGAAUGAUACCAGAGGCUACACCUUGAUCGGAUUUGCACUCCGGAUGGCAGCUUCUGCGGAAUGGAACAUGACACGUCGAAGCGUGUCGUACGACGCCCAGGGACUUCAGGACUCAGAACUUCAAGUGCGGCAGAGGAGGGAUAAGGAUCGCGUAUGGCUGGCUCUGGGUAACAUCGAUAGAACAUCGAGCUAUUUUACAGACCGACCUCUAUCAACAACCGUCGUUCUCGAGCAUGUAGCUUCCAGACAGUGGAUGGCACUGACAGAGUGGACAUACCCACUUGGAGAUGGCAAGGCAGUUGGUGGUCACGAGCUGACAGUAAUCGCUCGCAAUGUUUACGAGAGCAUGAUGAAAACUCGUGUUGACUCCGGUACUUCCCAAUCAUCCAUCGAUUUCGAGACUUUCCAGAAGGAUAUGGAUGAUUUCAACAAUAAGAUUGCUGCGUGGGGAGAUUACUGGCGGGCUACGUUCGCUACUUUUCCCAACCCGGAGCUUUUCCAAACACCCCUGAUCUACCUCUUUCGAGAUUACAUGCGUCUCUACUUCAAUUCAGUCUUUCUACAUAGAAUGCUUAUCUCCGAAAGUCGAGAAGCACUGAACGAUCUCAUCACCCACACGACUCAAAUCUGUUACUGCAGUGCAUUGAGUGUCCUUCGACAGGGCAUUGAGAUGGGAGAGUUAGACAUCAUCUACUACCUCUGGGAUACAGCUCAUCUCAUGAUCGCGUAUUCAUCGAUGAUGAUACCCAAGCUAUUAAGACAGGAUGUUGAUGAGUCACUAAUUUCGAAGAACGAAGCUGUCAAUACCUUGACCCAAGUCACAACUGCAUACGUCGUCGCAGCCAAGUCAAUGGGUAACUCUGAGUCGCGUACCUUUGAUCCCAGAAGCAAUGCUGUCUCAGCCCAGGCCCAUCUUCUCUCCGCCAUUCUAGCACGACUGAAAGCCGACCUGUCACAAAUCGAUCCCGACUUGUCAUCUGGGGCCAUGCCUGAGAAUCUCUCUGGCUCAGGCCGUUCAUGGAUAGAAGACCAGCUGAAUAGAUCGACCCUGUUCUCAGAUGGAAGAAUGGAGCCGCCGCAGUCGGAUUACAUUGACAUGGAUCCUCAUACUGUAGGCCAGCCUGAUGAAAUGAGCUCGCUCAUGCCGCAGAUGUACGACGAACUUGAUCUAAUGCUGGAUGAUGAUUUUAUGAACUCAAGAUACUUUGACGUUGGGCUAUUGUCAUGGGAUGAGCCGGGCAUAUUUAUACAGCCUCACUAG